UUGCCAUUUUCUUUUAUUCAAGGUAUUCCCCGAGAUGAUGAAGCUGAGGAGACGGGGAACGAUGUGAAGAGGUUGAGAAUGGAUGAGACCAGAGUCUGCAACAAGUGUUGUGCCGAAUACUUUGAUGAGGCAGAAUUUCUUGAGCAUGAGAAAACUUGCACUAAAAGUCAGCAAGUGGUCAUCAUGAAAGGCAGAGAUGGGAAUGAAAUGCCAGAGGAAUAUUCGCAGGGUUCUCCCGAAGGUCUCCACAGCGAUCAUGACGAUAGCCGGUCCAGCAAUCUUUCCAACGCAGACCAGCUGGACAGAACGGAGGAAGAGUCCAGUAUCAACGCCGAGGACUCGGGACACCAGGACCAGAUGUCUGCAAGCUCUGAGAUGGCUUUCCAACCGUCGCCUAAAAGACACGAUUCAAACGUCACUCUUGAAACCAUGCCUGAUACCAAAGUGGCUGUCUCCCAACAUUCUUCGAAUACCUCUGUGUCGUCACCACAGGAUGCCCUUCAGGCCAUUCCAAUUAUCUUGGAACAGCUAGUGUGCCUUCAGCAACAGCAGCUACAACAAAUCCAGCUCACAGAGCAGAUUAGAAUCCAGGUAGCCAUGAUGACCCCACAGAGUUUACAGUCAUCUGUAGGGGUGGCAAUGGACCCUCUGAAAGCCCUUGGUGCGCAUCUCUCUCAACAGCUGUCUGCUGCUGCAGCUCUGAUCGGGAAGAGGACUGGUAGUCAGAGCCUCUCUAUGGAGGCCAUAAAGCAAGGUAAACUACCUCUAACUGCUGGCAUCCCGUCCUCUCUGAACGGAGGACUGGGAGCAAUUGCAUCAAAAAAUGACAUUUUAAAGGGUGUUCCAGAUCUAGCCAGCCGUUUACCAGCGCUACUGCCCCAGUCCCCGGGUGUCAUUGGGUUUCCCACCAAUUUCAAUGGUAUCCAAGCUGGGAUUGAGUCUUCAAAAAAACUGAAGACAAAGAUGAUGGCAAUCCCACCAGAUUCAAAGAAUGUGGAAUCACUGUACAAGCACAAGUGUAAAUACUGUGGAAAGACCUUUGGCAAUGACAGUGCCCUCCAGAUUCACCUACGUUCUCACACUGGUGAGAGGCCUUUCAAGUGUAACAUCUGUGGAAACCGUUUCACAACCAAAGGAAACCUUAAAGUUCAUUUCCAGAGGCAUAAAGACAAAUAUCCUAACAUCAGCAUGAAUCCUCAUCCUGUACCAGAGCACCUUGACAAUAUUCCCACCAGCACUGGCAUUCCCUUUGGCAUGUCCGUGCCCAUGGAAGAGUCUAAUAUGACUGAUAUGAAGCCUGUACUGGGUCAUCCAGCUGCUCCGUUCAACCAAUCCAUACCAGGAUUCAAGACAAAUUUUGAUGGUUUUACAAGUGACCCAUUUUCCCAGAGGCCUUCCCCAUCGACAAGUGAUGGCUCCCCAUCUGUCCCUUCGGUGUUUACCCAUGAAACUGGACUGGAUCCAAGUCAGAAGGAUGCUAAAGAAAUGCUUGGGGUGCUGCAUCACAUGAAUGGUAGUUCUUUUUCAGGAGAAUCAAGUUCCGGAACGGUAAAACUUCAACAGAUGGUGGAUGGCCUUGAAAAGAGAACCAACGAUCCCAAUGAGUGUGUAAUCUGCCAUAGAGUGCUGAGCUGCCAGAGUUCGCUCAAAAUGCAUUACCGCACACACACUGGCGAGAGGCCCUACAAGUGCAAAAUCUGUGGCCGUGCAUUCUCCACAAAAGGUAACCUCAAAGCCCACUACGGAGUCCACAGAGCUAACACUCCCCUUAAAAUGCAACAUUCAUGCCCAAUCUGCCAGAAGAAGUUCACAAAUGCUGUGGUACUGCAGCAGCACAUUCGCAUGCACAUGGGAGGGCAGAUCCCCAACACCCCGAUGCCAGAAAACCAGUUUGAGGCAGCUGACGCGAUGGAGCCAUCUCCACUCGAGGACAAGCAGAUGGACAUCAAUGGUUUUGAAGCGGGCAUGGACGAUCACGAGGCAGAGCUGAACACCCAUAAGCCUAACGACUCCUCGAGUUUACUUCGACCUGCCUCUGAGGAGCCGCAACAAAAGCCUGCAGCCCCUGUUGUGUUUUCCAGCCUAGACGUUCUGAAGAAUCUCACCUCCGCUCUUGCACUGAAACGACAGACGAGCACUGCUUCAGAGAGCGAGGGAGCGUCCAAAGAACCUCCUCCGGCUCAGAAGGAGCAGGAAAAUCAGAAUGGCUGCAGUCCAGCUGUUUCUGAUUCAGCCGUGUCUUGUCACUCCUCUUCUCCGGUUAACAAUAAUGCCAAGUCCCCCGAGUCGGCCAUUGAUGAAAUUGCCUUUAGCGGGUCGAAACGGGAAUCCGAAGGUGCACAAGAUGGCAGCGAGUCAAUUGGGGCCCUUGACCUGACUGCUUCCAGCAGCUUCCCCACCAAGGUGAUUAAAGAAGAACCUGGCGUUCCCUGUGCAAAUGGAGAAUACGGUCCCAGCACCAUACCUUUCAUGAAGAUACCACCAAGUCUGGGAAAUUUGGAGAUGAAGAUAGCUCCGGAAAACCCAAUGGGUCCUCACGGUUUGUUAAGCUCCCACAUGCCUCAAGGAACAGCCAUGCCAUCCUCCAUCUCCUCUGCUCCACGGAGAUCGACCAAGCAGCACGUGUGUAACGCCUGUGGCAAGAAUUUCUCGUCUGCCAGUGCCUUGCAGAUCCACGAGCGCACUCAUACAGGGGAAAAGCCUUUUGCUUGCAACAUCUGUGGCAGGGCUUUCACUACAAAGGGAAAUCUCAAGGUGCAUAUCGGGACUCACAUGUGGAACAACUCAGCCCGCCGUGGCCAGCGUCUGUCUCUGGACAAUCCCAUGGCGCUAAUGGCGAUUAACUCCGAGGCGAAGAUGCUGCCUGAAAUCAUGCAGGCGCCCAAAGAGCUGAGCGUACCGUCGGUGAACUUUGACCCGUCUCUGUGGAACCAAUACGCGGCGGCGUUCAGCGGCGGCCUGACCAUGAAGACCAAUGAAAUUUCCGUCAUCCAGGGAGGUGGCAUACCGCUCCCCGGGAGUCCUGCUGGUGGGCCUCUGAUCGGAUCCACCGGAGGUCUCAUGAAGAUGGAUGGCUCCCAUGCUGGUUUGCCUGCUGCAAUGGCUGAAACGGAGAAGAAUAACUCAGAUAGUGUGCCAAAGUCACAGUUCCCACAUUUCAUGGAGGAGGGUAAAAUUGCAGUUAAUUGAGUUUUUUUUCUUUUUUUUCUCUCUUUUGUAACCAUCAGGUAAUGACCUCAUUUCGUGAAU